AUGUCCGCCUUUCACCACUCGACCCCCGACGCCAGGGUCAAGAAAAGGGAGAUAGGAGCGAGUAACCUUUUGCUCGGUGCUAGUUUAAACAUGUUUGAAGUAACGACGCUCGGACAGCCGCUAGAAGUCGUGAAGACGACUAUGGCAGCGAACCGGUCUGAUUCGUUUAUAACAGCUCUACGACGCGUCUGGUCCCGAGGGGGAAUUGCCGGUUAUUACCAGGGUUUAAUUCCUUGGGCCUGGAUUGAAGCUUCGACAAAAGGCGCCGUCCUGCUCUUCGUUGCCUCCGAAGUAGAGUAUCGGUCGCGGAGUCUUGGGGCCGGCGAGUUCUUGUCUGGCAUCGCUGGAGGAAUGGUCGGCGGUGCGGUUCAGGCCUAUGCGACGGUCGGGUUCUGUACCUGCAUGAAGACAGCGGAAAUUACUCGGCUCAAACAGGCCGCCGCCGGGCUGAAACCACCGGGCACCUUGGAGACGUUUGCCACGAUAUUUCGGAAUGAAGGCUUGCGAGGCAUCAACAAAGGAGUCAAUGCCGUGGCCAUCCGGCAGGUCACCAAUUGGGGUUCUCGAUUUGGCUUCUCCCGACUGGUCGAAGACACGAUCCGCAGGGUAACGGAUAAAGGGCGCGAGGAAAGACUUGGCGUCGCGGAGAAAAUACUGGCCUCGGGUGUCGGUGGCGCUUUGGCCAGCUGGAACCAGCCCAUCGAGGUUAUCCGCGUGGAGAUGCAGAGUCUAAAGGCCGACCCUAAUCGUCCCACGCAAUUGAGUAUUGGCAGCACUUUCCGGUACAUAUAUGCUCAAAGUGGGAUCCGGGGCUUGUAUCGCGGGAUCACCCCUCGCAUCGGUCUAGGAAUCUGGCAGACCGUGUGUAUGGUAGCACUGGGAGACGUGUAA